AUGGCCCGUUGCACUUUCUCUUCGUUGGAUGAUAUCAUUUACCCAGAAGGGCCACCUGAACACAGCGAAGCUGAAGAAGAGGAGGUUGAAGAGAACGGUGUAGGAGAUGAAGAGGAUGAAGAAGUGGAAAGUGGAGAUAGUGAACUGAGAAGGAAGAGAAAGGGAAAGGGAGGUGCUUCCCAAACCAAGAUGGUAGCAGCAGCAAUGUGCGUAGGAAUAGGCAGCUUCUCUGACCCGAUCGAGGCACAGGGGCUUGCACAUUUUCUUGAACACAUUCAUGGGGAGUACAGAGUUUCCAGAUGA